UUUAUUCUGAAAAUAUUCAUCCGGAAGUGAAGCUAGUUGCUGCUAAACGGAAACAGGUCGCCGUCACCGCGUGUUGCAGUCCUCUGAUCCUUCUCUCCUCAGGAUGUCCUCUCAAGGAGAUGACGUAGCAGAGCAGAGCUCCAACACAGUGGAAGCACCCACCUCUUCAUCAUCCACUGAGACUGAUCCCACCAGUGGAACCACCGUCACCAUCGGAGCAACCGUGCCCACUGGGUUCGAGCACACUGCUGCAGAGGAGGUCAAGGAGAAGAUUGGGGUUGAUGCUCAAAUUAGCAAAGAUCGAGGCCGCAUAUAUUUUCCCAUCACAACCGACAAACUCUCCCAGGUUCAUCUUUUGCGUUCUGUAGACAAUCUGUUUGUUGUAGUUGCAGAAUAUGAUCAUUACCAGUUCAAAGAAUCUAAGGAGGAGACGCUGAGCGAGUUGCAGGAGCUUGCCUCCAAGCUUCCCUGGACUAAUGCUCUUGAGGUCUGGAGACUUAACAGAACCCUUAAAAAGAAGAAAGGCCACCGGAAAGUCGGGAACACCACAAAAGCAAAGUCUAACGCUGAGGCCAGUGAUGUGGCUGCUGCUCCUGAAGCCGUACAGCACGAGUUACCUGAGGAGACGUCCGCAGCCGACGGUGACGCAAAGGCAGAGAGAACGCCUGACUUAGAAACGUGCCAGCAGGACCUUGACGAGAAUGCACCCGGGGCCAAACUCAUCAAGUUCCGAGUGACGUGCAACAGGGCUGGCGACAAACACAGCUUUUCUUCUAAUGAGGCAGCCAGAGACUUUGGUGGGGCUGUGCAGGAAUUGUUCCAGUGGAAAGCAGACAUGACAAAGUUUGACAUAGAGGUUUUACUCAACAUACAUAAUAAAGAGGUAGUGAUUGGGAUUGCACUCACAGAGGAGAGUCUUCACAGGAGGAACAUCAGCCACUUUGGACCCACUACUCUGCGCUCUACCUUGUGCUACGGCAUGCUCAGGCUGUGUAAACCUCAGGCAUCUGAUAUAAUACUUGAUCCUAUGUGCGGGACUGGAGCCAUACCACUGGAGGGCGCUAUUGAAUUCAGCGAGUCCUUCUACAUUGCGGGCGAUAACAAUGACAUGGCGGUGAACCGCACUGUCAACAACAUUUGUCACAUCCAGAAAAGGAGGGCGGACAGAGGCAGCCCAUCUGGAUUACCUAUUGACACAGUGCAGUGGGAUCUGAGCAAUUUACCCAUAAGGACCAGUUCUGUGGACAUCAUCAUCACUGACAUGCCCUUUGGGAAGAGAAUGGGCUCGAGGAAGAAGAACUGGGACUUGUACCCUUCUUGUCUCAGAGAAAUGGCUCGAGUUUGCAGACCAGACUCAGGAAAGGCUGUGCUCCUGACCCAGGACAAGAAGUGCUUUGCAAAGGCUAUUUCUAGAAUGGGAGGACUGUGGCGGAAGCUGCACACUGUUUGGGUGAACGUCGGGGGUUUACAUGCCGGGGUCUACCUCCUCAAGCGGACCACAGCCGUGUUUGGCCAAACUCCUGAGGACGUCCAUGAAUCAAGAGGGAGGGGUGACUCACAGAUGAAAGAGAAAGAUGACAAAGAAGUCUCUUAACUUCAGUCCAACGUUUAAGUGGCGCUAAAUGAGGAGAUGUUGAGAUGAUCUGCUUACAUGACAUGAAAUUGUUCUCAUCAAGCAGGCUAAACUGAUUUUUUGUUUAUUUUUGGUUAACUGGAAAAGAAGCUUUUAUGUUCAACAACAGUGAAAUGGUUUUAUUGGCAAUCAUUUCUUUUGUCGUGCUGUUUGUCAUUUCAUCAGUAAAGAUCCAUUCACGUUGCUGCUUUA